AUGGUCACAAUUAAUCAAACGAAUUCUACGAUAGCAAAUCCAGGAAGCAUAGGGAAUUCUAUCAACAUUUACUUUAUUUACAAGAUACCAUCAUUACACAGCUACAACAAUAUGCUUAUAGCCCAUCUAGCUGUGGCUGAUUUCUUGCAAGCAACUUUAACAUUACCCAUGGCCAUUGCUAAUUCUUUAUUAAGACAUGCCAUUCCACCAGCUAUGUGUCAAGCGUUCGCUUUUAUACUCAAUUUUCUUCUCGCCAUUGCAUUAGCAGCAACGGCAGCCAUUAGCAUCGAUCGCUGCCUUGCUGUUAUUUAUCCCUAUCAAUACCAGGCUAAAAUGAAAACGAACUACAUUAUCAUGAUUGUCAUAUUCAUAUGGAUACUAGCAGCAGUUUUGGCCGGAACGCCAUUACUUGGUUUACAACGAUACGGUUUAGGAGAAUAUACCUUCAUCGCUGAUGGUCUACAAUGUUGGUUUGAUUUUCAAUAUCGUCAAAGAAGUAGUAUUAUAUUUAUCAUUUUAUAUAUCUACUUGCUAUUAACCAUCUUAACAACCCUAGUUUCCUAUUUGAUUAUUUUCUGUAUUGCCUACAAUAAAGGUAUCGCUGACAUAUCUGCAGUCGGUUAUGCAUCAUUACGACGCUCUAUCAGGACGACUGCAUUAAUUGUUGGCAGCAAUUUUGCAUGUUUUAUACCAACAUUAAUAUCAGUAUCUAUAAGUUAUUUCUCUCAACGUGAAUUAAAUCCAGGUUUAACCGUUGCAGCCUACCUUUUAUCAUUCUGUAAUUCAGCGAUUAAUCCACUUAUUUAUGCCUUCACCAAUGGAAUCCUUCGCCAAAAAAUUAAGCAGCAUUGUUGUUGCUCAAAGAAGCGAUAUUGUCUUACAAAAUUUGGACUAUAUAGAACCUCAAAAAUUACACCAAGCAAUACCGCAGCUGGUCAACCAGCUGCUAAAAGCGACAGCGAACCAAGCUACUGGCAAACUGUUAUAAAUGAUUAUGAAUCAUCGUAA